AGAAAGCGUGAUGGGACGAGCGGCCGGACCACUCCAGCGACUUAUUAGCCCUAGCAUCCAGCUGCUUAGGGGCGGGAAAGGGUCUGGGACUUCCCUGCUGGAACUCCAGUGACCCGCCGCAGUGCUGUAGAAGGACUGGGGACCGGGACCCAGCCUCAAGGAGCUCACCACCGCGGCCGGAGGGGCGCUGCCUGGUGUGGCGGGGCGCACGCAGAGCGCCUGUCCUCUCUGGCUGCCGGGACUCGGCCGCGUCGGCGCCGCAGAAUCCAGUAAUAUUAUGGCAGAAUACUGUUAUGAGCAAAAGCAGCUGGAAUUACAAAAUGGUAGCUUAGAGGAAGGAUUUGUGGUGCUUUCCCUGGGGAACGAGCCCCAAAAUACGAUGGAGAGUCUAAGCCCAAGGAAAUACUCUUCCAGUCUGAAAUUUAAAGCCAAUGGGGACUACUCUGGCUCCUAUUUAACUCUCUCACAACCGGUGUCUACUAGGAGGAGCCCUUCUCCUUUGGGCAUCAAUGUCAGAAGCAGCCCCUCCUUGGCCAAAAUCCAGGGAAGCAAACAAUUCACCAAUGAUGGAACUGACAGAAAUGUUUCCACAAAACCUCCCACUCCUUUGCUCAGCUCUGCAGCCUCUCUUGGAUACCCACUUGGGAGAGCAGAUUUUGAUCAUUACACCAAUCGGGACAGUGAAAGGCCCUUGAGGCUCUCAGAGAAGCCUCCCUAUUCCAAAUACAGCUCUAGAAAUAAAUCACAUGACAAUGUCUACUUUCUCGGAGGACUGGAAGGACGCAAAGCAUCUGGCUCCCUCCUGACCAUGUGGAAUGGAAGUUCCUUGAGUGAUGCUGGCACCUCACCCAUCAGCAGAUCAGGGGCAGCAAGCAUGCCUUCAAGUCCAAAGCAAGCCAGGAAGAUGAACCUUCAGGAUAACUUGACUCUGCAGCCCAAGUUAGCCAGGCAUAAGGAGCCAGCAUCUGAAAACAUCACUGUGAGAACUAGGAAGUAUUCUGGGAGCAGCUUGAGCCACAUGGGAGCAUACAGCCGAUCACUUCCUAGAUUGUAUAAAGCCACAGAAAAUCAGAUGGCCCCUCUCAGCCUGCUUCCAAGAACCUCCCUGGGCAAUUCUAAACGAGGCCGGCGGGGGGAAAAGGAUCUACCUCAUAGCAUAGUGGAUAAUGACAAUUACCUUAACUUUUCAUCUUUAAGCUCGGGAGCGUCACCCUAUAAAACCUCUAUGUCCGAAGGCAAUCCAUAUGUAAGUUCCACCCUCAGUGUCCCUGCCAGCCCUCGAGUGGCUAGGAAGAUGCUCCUGGCCUCCACCUCCUCUGAUGACUUUGACAAGGCUUCAUACUCAGGGACCAGCCCAAGUCAUUCAUUCACUGCUGAAGAACCAGACAGAAUGUUUGUGUCCAAGAGGAACUUCUCUUGUGGAUCUGUGGAACUUGAUGAUUCUGAUUUGGACAGCCUCAGACAGUCCUCAGGAACUCCCCAGCCUAUCCUCCGAGAACGGAAAAGCAGCAUCAGUUCCAUUUCAGGACGUGAUGACCUGAUGGAUUAUCACCGGCGGCAGAGGGAGGAGAGACUCAGGGAACAGGAGAUGGAGCGAUUGGAGCGGCAGCGCUUGGAAACCAUCCUCAGUCUCUGCGCUGAGUACACGAAGCCCGACAGUCGCUGCCUUUCCGUUGGCACCACGGUGGCUGAUGUGCAGAAAAUCAACAAGGAGCUGGAGAAGCUUCAGCUGUCAGAUGAGGAGUCUGUGUUUGAGGAGGCUCUGGUGUGCCCGGACGCCAGGUACAGAUGCCAACGGAAGGGCUCUCUCCAUGAUGCUGACUUGGCGGGCUUCGGGAGCCUCAGUCAGAGCAACACCAGCUUCCUGACCCCCAGGGGCAGCAGGAACGAUGAACUUCUUGGUGACCUCACCAGGACACCCCCACCACCAUCGGCUGCCUUUCUGAAAGCAUCCAACGAGUCUUCCUACCUAAGUAUCCUACCCAAGACCCCAGAGGAUGUAAGUGAGAAGCAGAGGACCCAGGAGUUGGCUGCAAUGGAAGAUACCCGGAUGGUGAUUCUCAACAACCUUGAAGAGCUUGAACAGAAAAUCAAAGAUAUAAAUGACCAAAUGGAUGAAUCCUCCAGAGAGUUGGAUAUGGAAUGUGCUCUUUUGGAUGGAGAGCAGAAAUCUGAAACAACUGAACUCAUGAAGGAGAAGGAGAUUUUGGAUCAUCUAAACCGGAAAAUAGCAGAACUCGAAAAGAACAUUGUUGGUGAAAAGACCAAGGAGAAGGUAAAGCUUGAUGCUGAAAGGGAAAAACUAGAAAGGCUUCAGGAGCUUUACUCCGAGCAGAAGACGCAGCUGGACAAUUGUCCUGAGUCCAUGAGGGAACAGUUACAGCAACAACUCAAGAGGGAUGCUGACCUGUUGGAUGUUGAAAGCAAACACUUUGAAGACUUGGAAUUUCAGCAACUUGAGCAUGAGAGUCGUCUGGAUGAAGAAAAGGAGAACUUAACUCAACAGCUGCUUCGUGAAGUGGCAGAAUAUCAACGGAACAUUGUCACUAGAAAGGAAAAAAUUUCUGCACUGAAAAAGCAAGCCAGUCACAUUGUUCAGCAGGCUCAAAGGGAACAAGAUCACUUUGUGAAAGAAAAGAACAAUUUAAUAAUGAUGCUCCAAAGAGAAAAGGAGAAUCUUUGUAAUUUGGAAAAGAAGUAUUCCAGCCUCACUGGGGGGAAAGGGUUUCCUGUUAACCCCAACACUUUAAAAGAGGGCUAUAUCAGUGUAAAUGAAAUUAAUGAGUCAUGUGACAAUUCCACGAAUCUAUCCUCUUCCACUCAGUUCCCUGCUGAUGCUGACGCUGCUGUCACUGAGCCUGCCUCUGCUGUGCCGGUGAGCCAGCCCCAGAGUUCAGAGCACUUUAGAAGCCUGGAAGAAAGGAAAAAACAGCACAAAGAAGGCCUCUAUCUGAGUGAUACUUUGCCUCGAAAGAAAACCACACCUUCCAUCUCCCCACACUUCAGCAGUGCUACAAUGGGGAGAAGUGCGGCCCCAAAGACUCACCUGCCUCUGGGGCAGAGCAACAGCUGUGGCAGCGUGCUCCCUCACUCAUUGGCAACCAUGACCAAGGACUCAGAGUCUCGGAGGAUGCUCAGAGGAAGAGUGAAUUCCUCAGCAGGUUAUAACCACCAACAGAUGAGUGAAGGACAAAGACAGAAACCUGAAUUUUACAACCGUACGGCAUCUGAGUCAAAUGUCUACUUGAAUAGUUUCCAUUAUCCAGAUCACAGCUACAAGGACCAGGCCUUUGACACAUUGAGCCUGGACAGCUCCGAUAGCAUGGAAACCAGCAUCUCUGCCUGCUCACCUGACAAUAUCUCUAGUGCUAGCACAUCAAAUAUUGCCAGGAUAGAAGAAAUGGAGAGACUCUUAAAACAGGCACAUGCAGAAAAGACCCGGCUGCUUGAAUCCAGGGAACGGGAAAUGGAAGCCAAAAAACGAGCUCUGGAAGAAGAAAAACGGCGCCGAGAAGUUCUGGAGAAACGACUGCAAGAAGAAACCAGCCAGAGGCAGAAGUUAAUAGAAAAAGAAGUGAAGAUAAGGGAGAAACAGAGGGCACAGGCUCGUCCUCUGACACGCUAUCUGCCUGUCCGGAAGGAAGACUUUGAUUUGCGGAGCCACGUAGAAACUGCUGGUCACAAUAUUGACACCUGUUUUCACGUAUCAAUCACAGAGAAGACCUGCCGAGGAUACCUCAUCAAAAUGGGUGGAAAAAUUAAAACAUGGAAAAAACGUUGGUUUGUUUUUGACCGGAAUAAGAGAACGUUUUCUUAUUAUGCAGACAAGCAUGAGGCUAAAUUAAAAGGAGUAAUAUACUUCCAAGCCAUCGAAGAAGUGUAUUAUGAUCACCUCAAGAAUGCUAAUAAGAGUCCUAAUCCAUUACUCACCUUUAGCGUCAAGACACAUGACAGAAUCUAUUACAUGGUAGCUCCAUCACCCGAGGCCAUGCGGAUCUGGAUGGAUGUUAUAGUCACGGGAGCAGAAGGAUACACCCACUUCCUGUUGUAGUGAACUGAGCCUAUGGUCCCACUCCAGGGCAGACUGCAAUAGCAUCUUGCAAGAAUGAAGCCAUAUUCAUUCUCAGAUGGAAAGACCAAACAGAUCCAUCCCUUCAGCAUUGUGUAAUCUGAACUCUUUUCAUAUCAAAGAGCCCUUUAUGGAAAAGAAAAUAGGGGUUUCAGUUCAAAGCUUGAUCAUAAACAGCAAAAGGACUGAAACUCCUAUGGCCAAAAAAAACCCAAAAAACAAACCCAUACUAUUUUGAUAAACAGCAUCACUUAUAUGAGCAUUUCUAAUAAACUUUUUAUCAGUUGAUUUUGGCUAAAUAAACUUAACAGUUUACACAAUAUCUGUAUAUAUGUACUUAGAAAUAGGGAACUUAGCUAAAUCAUUGUCAUUGAUAAUAUUGGUAAGCAACUGGCUUUUUUGGAAGUAGCAUUUUAUAAAUAUAAGCAAAUAAUGACUUGGAGGGGAAUGUUUUAGAGGCUUCACCUUAAUUUUUAAAUACUGCACCAAAACCAAAGACCUGGCUUGACUCCUGUUUGACAUUAGUGUUGUUCUAUACUUUAAAAUGAUAUUUUGAUGCUGACUUUGCAGUGUCAUCACCAGUGUAAGCUGCUGUAGUGCGCACAUAGUAAAACACUUCUUGUAAAAGAAUGAAAACCAAAAAGCUCUGUGUCUUAUGAAAAGGUCAUCUUAGACAGCAGACCCUUCAGAACACUGGGCAGUUUUAAUUAAAGAGAACAUUUAUGGUAGGACCUUGUUUUACUGAAGAUUUUUCCAUUCUUGGUGCUAAGAAAAAAAGGCAACCAGUAGCCAAUUUUUCUUAGAUUGUCUCAUUUCUCUUUGUUAUGGGGCAAGCUUGCUAAUUACACUCAAAUGUGAGAUCUAUGAAAUCAUGUCUGUUUCACCAAAGAACAGAACAAUUAAAAUUCUUGUUUUCAGAAGGCAAGCAAAAUUCAGUUUAACAUUAUAAUAUACUGUCUUAUUAUAUAUGUAUAUAGCUUUAUAAUUAGCCUUUUAGAGUUAAUUUUUGUUGAAUGAAAUGACUUCAGUCAAGUCUCUUUUAUAAAUGGUUUUUCAAGUGCCAUUUAGUUUAGUUUUUGUGUUUUGUGUUGUGUGUUUGUUAAGUAUGAGUGUACUCUUUCCUAAAACAUGGCAAAGGAAUAGUAGAAAUUAAUGACAUUACUUAGGAGUACAAAGAAUGAUAAUUAGAAGUGUCUAUAUAACUUUGUCAGGCCUGACGGGGUACAAUUUCUUUUAAAUUUGCAGUGUACUUUUAUAUAUACAUGAUGCCAAUAAUAAGACUUUGCAACUGGAUGACACAAGAUUUUACUUGAACAAUGAAGGACAAAAAUCAUGACUAGGAAAUAUUUUUUAGAAUCUGAUUUUGCAGAGGUCACCAUUCAGCUCUGUAAUGAUCUGAGAUGCAAUUGUGAAGAUUUUGGUGGUUGAGGUAAAGAUACAAAUUUUCUGUACUGUAUUUUGUUCAUAGGAUUGUAAGGGUAUUCUAAUCAGCUUGCAUGUUGUAAACCUUUUAAACGUGUGUUAGGCGUAUUGAGUUUGAAUUAAAAGUGUUGACCUGAUUUCACAUUUGAAACUCAA